CCGACAUCAGCUGACCGCGUAUUCCGGCUGCGUCAUCACAUGACAACCGUGCCAGCUCACACGGCGGCGACAAGGAAGAAAGAUGACGGACUGGGGGAGAGGUUCAAGUUCUGGGGCGGUAGAUGAGAUGCUUGAUGCAGAAAACAAACGUCUUGCAGAAAAUCUUUCUACGAAAGUAACACGGCUCAAAUCUCUUGCAUUGGAUAUUGACAGAGAAACUGAUGACCAUAACACGUAUUUGGAUGGAAUGGGUUCAGACUUCAUGAGCGUGACUGGUCUUUUGAGUGGCAGCGUCAAGCGGUUCACAGGAAUGGCUCAUUCUGGGAGAGAUAAUCGCAAGCUCUUGUGCUAUGUUUCGGCUGGCCUUGUAGCAUUGUUCUUUUUGCUGUACUUUCUAGUGUCCCGAGCCAGCACGUGAUGGAUGAUACCUCUUCACGCAAAAGACAUUCCUUAUUCCUACUGCCCUGUGACCCAAAGGAUCCUGAGAUCAAAAGGGGUAUAUGGCCUGUCAGGCAGGCUGCUAAAACCCGGCAUUUCCAAAAAUUAAUAAGGACAAUGCUAUCCCUGAUUGAUU